AUCCGCUUCAAGGACGCCGUUGGCCGCAAGUUCAGCUUCCCGUGGGCGCGCUGCAAGACAUGGAAGGACAUGCAGGCUCUCAUCGAUCAGGCGUUCCAGCAGAUGGACGAGGUCAGCGAGCACGUUCGCGCAGGACACUACGACCUCACCGGACCCGACGGUGAGAUCAUCCUGCCGCAGGUAUGGGAUACGAUGGUCCAGCCC